AUAGUGAGUCUUUUAACAUUUAGUUUAUUUUUGUUUUCUUUAGUCAUCUCAUGGUGUAUUUGGGUGUUGAUGACACGAAUGAUUUACCUGAGGGUAUAGUGGUCAAUCGUACCUUUCCACAUGAAAGUUUUGCAAACAAGGCAGGUGAUGACAUCAUGCUACUAAAGCUGAAAACCCCAGCAACUCUGAACAAGACUGUGAAUAUCAUUGCCCUGCCAGAAACAAAUAAAGAGGAAAUCACAAGUAACUGCAUGGCUAUGGGUUGGGGCUGGAAGCAAUACAAUGAGAGGACUCCAUCAAGCGUCCUGAGAGAAGUGAACUUGACUCUUUUAAACUCUGAAAAUUGUGCCACACCUCACACUUUACUGCACUAAGGAAGAAGC